AAUCACCUGACCUGGGAAGCGACUCUGCAUUUCACAGCUCUGCUCCUCACCUGUGCUGUUUUGAUAAAAUUGUCCGCCUUUGCAGAAGGAUGGCAGGGUACACACCACUGCUAAUUCAAGGCACUCUAACCUGUAGCAUCUGUCUGGAUGCGUUUACGCAAAUUGUCACAAUCCCUUGCGGACACAAUUGUUGUACAAGAUGCAUAAACCAUUGUUGGAAAGAGGCAGAGACAUAUGAAUGUCCACACUGCAAAAGCAUAUAUUCAAAUAAGCUUGAGUUUCAGAUUAGUCGGCUGCAAAAUGAAAUGAGAGAAACACCCGUGCCUGGACAGGAUGGCGGACCUAGAGAAGAUGACGCAGAUUCUGAUGAGCCUUUGUGCGACUGCUGUACCGAAGGGAAGGUGAGAGCCAUCAACUCGUGCUUGGUGUGUGUGGCUUCAUACUGUGAGGAUCACAUCAAGCCACACUGGGAAGUACCGGCUCUCAGGAGACACCAGCUUGUCAGUCCCAUCAGGAAUCUGGAGGACAGAAUUUGUCCUGCACAUCAGAAAAUCAAGAAUCUGUUUUGCAAAAGUGAUGACAUAUUUAUUUGUGGACUCUGUCACGAGAAGGAUCACAGGAGUCAUGUUGUGUUUUCCGCUGCCAGCGCAAGGGCAGAGAAGCAGGUUCACAUAGAUGAGAUGCACACGGACAUUGAAAAACAACUUGGAAGAAGACAGAAGGAACUGGACGAUCUUAACUUAGCUAUGGAGUCAGUCAAGGUUUCUGCAACGACGGAGAAAGAGGACAGUAGAAAAGUUUUUGAUGAAUUGAUCUCUUCAAUCCAAGAGAGGAAGAAAGUAGCCAAUGAGAUGAUAGAGUCAAGACAGGCACUAUAUAUGUCUGAAAUCUCUACUUAUAUGAAGAAGGUACAAGAAGAAAUUGGUGGUCUCAAGCAAAAACAAAACCGACUGCUAAAGCUCUCAAGCACAGAUGAUCAUAUCACUGUUGUUCAGUAUUUUCAGUCCAUGAGUACAAAGUCGACAGAUAAUCCUCUUCCUUACCUUGCCAUCAACACCAAAAUGAACUUUAAUGAAAUUUCUAAAGGAGCUCAUGUGAUGAAGGUCCAGCUUGAUAGUAUCUGGGAAAAGAUAUCCACGGCAGUAACCAAGUCAAUGAGCCGAACAGUGGUUGUCUGUAAGAAGCCUAAACUGAAAGAUUGGCCUGUUAAAGGGCAAAUGCCAGCAAUAAAAAAAGCGUUCAAUAAGUUAACAUUUCCUGAAUUCUCAAAGAUGAUGAAACCUUUAGUAAAAACUAACAAGAAGUCUCCAACGAAGGUGAAACAAGCGGCUCCUGUCCAAAGUAGCAACAAUUUGUAUGAUGACAUUUUUGUUAGCCCAGAAUUAAUGGACAGUGAGGACAAAGGAAUGUGCGCGUUAGCACUUUUUGACUAUAAAACAGGUCAGUGUGGAAAAUAGACUUUAAAAUUAUACAGACAUGAUU